AUGGCGUCUUCAAAGGAAAUUCAACAUUCUUCGAGGCCAGUGGGCCAGCAUCGUCUAUCCAUUUCCUCAAAUGCAGGUUCCCUUCCCAAAUCGCACGCGCGGAAUCAUUCCCAUUCGGUGUCCGGAUCCCUCAUUCCAAACCAUCGGGUGACACGUCGGAAGAGUGUGUCGUCUAAUGUGAGCAAUGUCGCUGCAAUGGUAGCCGCCGUGCGGGAGGCUGGAGAUUCUUUGGGAAUGCCAAUAACCCAACGUCGAAAUACCAUGUCAAAGAACGCUUCUGCUCGGCCAGCAGCGUUAGGCAGUCUUCCGUCACCACCAGCCAGUCUGCCUGGCCACAGAAUUCGAAUGACCGUAAGCGGAAAGUCGGAUCGCGGCGAGAGCGCCAUUGAAGACGAUCAAAUGGAAGACAUGGAGGAGGAUGAGGAUUCCGAAUUUAAUCAGGCGCGUAUGCGACGUGCUAGUGAAGGUCAACACUUGAUAAAAGAUGGCAAGAAGGCCAGCAGCGGCGGCGACUUGAAGUGUGACAAGUGUGGAAAGGGAUACAAGCACAGCAGCUGCUUGACCAAGCAUUUAUGGGAACAUACUCCUGAAUGGUCGUUUACUUCCAAACUUCUCAUUUCAAAGCAUCAGCAGGUGCAGCUUUUGGAAGCUGCAUCGGUUCUUUUGACGAUGAAUCAAGAUGGUACCACACCACCAGAUUCAGCUAAGGAUUUCCAGAGCGAUCAUGACUCUGCAUCUCCUGCGGCAUCCGGGUCGGAACCAAACGACCGGGCUAGCUCUGCUGACACAACACCUCCUCCACAUGCAGAUAUUGGCAAUACUUACAGCAGUGGGUCGUACACUGGAAGAAGCCAUAAAAGAUAUAGCAGUGGGUAUGGAUUCUCGCGGUCGUAUCAAUCCGCCCCGUCAGCGAAUGCUCUUAAUGCGAGCAGCAUGACCUCGCAAUCAGGCUUUGGUCAUUAUCGCCAACCAAGUCAUGAGCCUCGUCCGUUAUCGUCGGGGUUCAAUCGAAAUGCCGAGGAUGAUGGAUUGGCAGCUGCCGUGGAGCUGUUGUCUUGUAGUUUUGGAAGCACUGGCACACCAAGGACUGUCAUUCCUGUAACUCUUCCAGAAGAUGCCCCUCCAGUCCCUAAUAUUCCAGCACAAUAUCUCAACCAGGGGUUUUCGGGGACCACGCUAGCUCCUAGCCACUCCCAUCCCCGCCAGCCCGAGAGCUAUACUCGUCACAGAGUUCAUUCCAGUCAGGACGUUAAGAUGGAAGAGAGCGAAGAAAGCGUCGCAGACGAUGAUGAAUAUGACCGACGUUCUCGAGGUCGCAGUGACGAAGACGAUGACGGCGUGUUUGGUCGUAUGGAGGAAUAA